GAGAAACAACAAGCAACGACCGAGAAGAUGCUGAGCCGACUGAUGAGCAGCAGCAUCAGGAGUCUGGACCGGGAAUGCAACUGCACCGUGAGGCUGCUGGACGACUCGGAGUACACCUGCACGAUUCAGCGCGAUGCCAAGGGACAGUACCUGUUCGACGUCCUCUGCCACCAUCUCAACCUCCUGGAGAAAGACUACUUUGGUAUUAGAUAUGUUGACCCAGACAAACAGAGGCACUGGUUGGAGUUUACAAAGUCGAUUGCCAAACAAAUUAAAUCCCAGCCUCCGUUCACCAUGUGUUUGCGCGUCAAGUUUUACCCGCCGGACCCCGCCGCCCUGAAAGAGGAAAUCACCAGGUAUCUCGUCUUCCUGCAGGUCAAGAGGGAUCUCUACCACGGACGCCUCCUCUGCAAGACAUCCGACGCCGCCCUGCUGGCCGCUCACAUAUUACAAGCUGAAAUUGGCGACCACGACCCCGGGAAACACCCGGAGGGCUACAGCUCCAAGUUCCAGUUCUUCCCCAAACACUCGGAGAAGUUGGAGCGGCGGAUUGCCGACAUCCACAAGGCUGAGCUGAUAGGUCAGAGUCCUGAAACAUCCGAGCUCAACUUCCUCCAGAAGGCUCAGAGUCUGGAGACGUAUGGAGUCGACCCUCAUCCGUGCAAGGAUGUGUCGGGCAACCCAGCUUUUCUGGCUUUUACUCCUUUUGGAUUCACUGUGCUGCAAGGAAACCGGAGGGUCCAUUUCCUCAAAUGGGAGGAGGUGACCAAACUCAAGUUUGAAGCAAAGACGUUCCAUGUUUAUGCAAAUCAGAUGGAGGAUAAAAAGAUCAUACUGACGUACUUUGCGCCGACACCUGACGCCUGUAAGCAUCUGUGGAAGUGUGGAGUGGAGAAUCAGUCCUUCUUCAAGUUGGAGAAGUCGAGUCAGGUGCGCACCGUGUCCAGCAGUAAUCUCUUCUUCAAGGGGAGUCGCUUCAGAUACAGUGGAAAAGUUGCAAAAGAGGUGAUGGAACAAAGUGCCAGAAUUAAAAGAGACCCACCUGAGAUACACAGGCACGGCAUGGUGCCCAGUCGGAGCUGUCCCUCCAUCACCCACGGCCCUCGUUUGACCAGUGUGCCGAGGACCCGACGGAGAGCCGUGCACAUCUCCAUCAUGGAGGGCCUGGAGUCCCUCCGGGACAGCGCUCACUCCACGCCGGUGCGCUCCGUGUCCCACGGGGACUGCUACAUGUCCUCCCGGGGCCGCUCGGCGGACGAGGCCGCCAGCAGCUCGGCGGUGAUCUCCGACGAGGCCUACAGCCCCUCGGACAGCGUGCUGCCCUCCCCGGUGGCCGAGCGCGGGAUGGACAUGCCGUCGGCGCGUCACCUCAACGGCGCCGCCACGUGCAGCGCGGCGGACGAGCGGCGGCCGGACGCCGGCGCGUCGAAGGAGGGCCACGCGGCGGAGUUCUCCUCCGGCAGGAGAGCCCCGCGCACGGCGCCCACGGGCAAGCCGUCACCGCCGAGCGACGUGGAGGAGCUGAACAAAUUCAUCCUGAGCGUGCUGCGCCUGUUCCUGGUCACCAUCGGGCUGCUGUUCGCGCUGCUGCUGCUCCUCAUCAUGCUCACCGAGUCGGACCUGGACAUCGCCUUCCUGAGAGACAUCCGCAAGACGCCCGAGUUCCAGCAGUUCCACUUUGAGUACUUCUGCCCCCUGCGGCGCUGGUUCGCCUGUAAGCUCCGGUGGGUGGGAGGCUUCCUCAUCAGUAAGUGAGGGCCGGAGACACAGGGGAGGUGGGGAGAGAGGAACGGAUGGAGCCCCCUUUCACCUGACAUCAACCCGGGAAGAGCUUCCUGUCCCCGGCCUUGUUUAUUUUGUUUGACCAUCACUGCAAGGAUUGAAGGGGGGAAAAAAUCGCAUUUUAUUUUGAAAAUUCAGGUCAUUUCAAGGUAUUUUUUAUUUUUUACACUAAAGCCACAAUAAGAGCGUUUGAUUUAAACACUGGGGAAAAAGAGGUACAAGCAAGUCAAAUCGGUUAAUAGUUUCCUUUUAUUUUUGUAUUAAUUUAUAUAUGCGUUGCAAUAUUGUUGUUCAGACACGAUGAGCCUGGUGUGUUGUGCUGUGUGUGUUGUGAGAGUUUGAGUUAAGUAUUAAGAGAAGAUGGGGGAGGCAGUGGAGCUCAUCUAAUUUUUCAUAUUUCAAAGCCAACGACAACAUUCAAAUUCAUAAUGUUAUUAUGGUCCCUGCUAUGAGAUGGAAAACUGCAGCUUUGAGAUGUCGUAUAGCGGCAGAGGGGUUUAGAGAAAGUGUGAAAUGGAAAACUAAGCAGCAUUACUGACUGUAGAUCGGAGUCAAAUAACACGUGCACAAAUUAUUUAUAAUUGUCUUAUAUUCAAAUUUGAGUACAUACAGUAAAAUCCAUUUUACUGUAUGUACUCAAAUUUGACCAGAAAGAGCUGGAAAACAACUUUUUACAACUUUUAGAUGAUUGACAACGUCUACAAAUUGUCCUAAUGUGGUAUACAACCCCAAAAAUGCUAAUAAUGACUUGCUGUAGCUAUUUGACCCAGGGGUCAUGUUGGUGCUGCCCUGUUAAAAUGGCUUGAAUUAUCGUUUAUUUGUAAUAAGUGUGAUUAGAUUGUGGUCCGACAUCCAUUCGUCGAGCCAUUAGAGCACCGAUGACGUUUUAUUGUCCGAUGACUAGAAAUUAUGGAUAAUUGUAAGGUUAUAAGUAAGUACGGAGGUGGUAGGUUCACUAAUUUUUUAAAAUAAAAUAGCAGCCAAAUAAUUAUCAUAGCUACAAUGGACUUCAAUGUGUAAGGAACAGUAGUUGACUGUAGUGAAGUCUUCGGUUAGUUUGACUCCCACUGUGUAGAAGUUUAUCUUGAUGUGCAAUACUGUUAAUAUAAAAAACAAGAUCCUUUCCAUUCAGUGAAAUUUGACCUUGUUUUACAUUUUGUUAAAGUGCUAAAAAUUACCGCUAUAUUCCCCCUCCACGUUAUUCGGUUAAGAGAUGUUAGUUCAUGUGGAGUGAAGGUCGGAGAGCUUUAAUUUUUAGCCCUGCUGUGUUCAAAGUGAAGCCUUCAUCUGUAAAGGAAACAUUUAAAUCACAUUUUUGUACAAACUGAUGUCUCAUCAUGGUGGUUUUAACCCUCCUGUUACCUUGGGGUCAAUUUGACCCCAUUCAAUGUUUAACCCUCCUGUUACCUUUAUAUUUACUGACAUUUUACCCUUGGGGUCAAUUUGACCCCAGCAAUUAAAAGCUCCAGAAAAUUAUUAGAAUUAAUAUUGUUUUCCAAGUUUAAGUGUGAGGUACUUUAUGUUUGUUUGUUGACUACCUAAAUAGCCCUUUAACCCUUGUGUUGCCUUAAGGUCAUUUUGACCCAACUCAAUAUUACACCCUCCCCCCGCCUUAGGAUUAAUUUGACCCCAUUCAAUGUUUAAUGUCGGUGUUCUUUCGGUAGUCAACAAACAAACAUAAAGUGCCUCACACUUAAACUUGGAAAACAAUAUUAAUUCUAAUUUUCUGGAGGUUUUAAUUGCUCGCGUCAAAUUGAACCCAAAGGGUAAAAUAUGUUAGUAAAUAUAAAGGUAACAGGAGGGUGAAACAUUGAAUCGGGUCAAAAUGACCCAAAGGCGGGGGGAGGGUGUAAUAUUGAUUCGGGUCAAAAUGACCCUAAGGCAACACAAGGGUUAAAUAUAUAAAAAAGUUGAUAUUUCUUAUAUGUUUGACACAGUGAAAAACAGCCUGGGGUCAAAUUGACCCGAAAGAACACCGACAUUAAACAUUGAAUGGGGUCAAAUUGACCCGAAGGUAACAGGAGGGUUAAUAGACGUGAAGCAUCAUUUAUUUUAAAGUGGAUGUAUAGUUACCGUCACGUUUACAUCCCACAGCAAUCUUCAUCAUCACACCUACCAAAGAAACUUGUUAGUCUGCUCUCCUUCUCUAGCCUUAUUACAUAUUAUUAUUAUUAUCAUUAUGUCACAGUUUAGCUGCAGUGUGUCUUUACAGCUCAGAGCAAUCAAUGGAAAACCAGAACGUGUUAAUUAUUGGUCCUCUCAGCCGACAAGUGGGAUCUAAAAGGUAUUCUGUGUGUCAGUGGUGAGGAUCGACAGGUAUAUAUAUAUAUAUAUAAUAUAUAUAUAUAUAAUAUAAUAUAUAUAUAUUAUAUAUAAUAAUAUAUAUUAUAUAUAUAUAUACCUAGAAAGAAAAAUGGAUGUAUUUUUUUGUUGAGGAAUGGUAUCGGAUGCUGAUGGACUGAGGGGUUUAGGCAGUUUUUGGAAAGUUACCAUAUGAAUAUUCACAUCUUUCCCAAAAGGUUGGAAGUCAACACCAAACAGUACUUUAAGUUGAUCCCUGAAGUAUUAUAUAAAUACCUGGUCUUUGAAUAUUGAUUGGAUUUUGGUACAUUAAUAUUCAUAAAUGGCCAAAUAAGUAUUAAUUCUGUGAGUUGGACAACUACGAUUUAAAAAAGGUAUUGAUCAGAUGAAUUUAUAUUUAACAAACAUUUUGUGGUUGGUUUUCAGACUUGAUGAAUUACUUGAAGGCAGACCAUGUGAUUAGUCGUAUGAUUUGUACUUUAAAGUCUCAUUUUGUCUACGUGUAUGACAAAUGUAACAAUUUGAGCAAUAAAGAGUUAUGAAUAAUAACCGCGAACAGCAAAGGAAUGUGCUAAACAUUCAAAACGUCCCUUUGAGGGGAAACGACCGUCGAUAUUGUCACGAGUCCCGUUUCAUCGUUAACCAGGCGGCUCUUUUAGAGAAGCAGUUCAUGUGGAGGAACCGGACGCCAACAGAAGACCCGCCCACUCAACGGGGUUUGUACCGAAAAUGGAAGUUUGUAUUUCUAGCCAAUUCAGAACGGCAGCAGUAGCAUAUUCAACCACCUGAACGUCUCCUUAGGCUGCAGUUUGUAUUUGUUAAAAUCUGGUUUUCAUUCACUUGUUCCGAUAGACGGGCCACGGUUUGUUUUUGCCGAGUCGUGUGAAACCGGAGCGAGGCCCGACGGUCCGGCUGUAAAAGCUUCUUUCCUGCACCAUGGAGAUGUCUGUACGCAUGCGUUCUGCUUUUAUUACUUCCAAAACAAGACUGCUCAUUUCCAACCACCGACUCAAGACUCGUGUAAUUAUUUGUUUAUGAAUAAACAAUCUAUUCUUGACAUGUG